AUGGAGCUCGACAUUCAGUGGUUCUUUGGUGAUGACGAGCUUGGCGAUGAGAAUCAAUGGAAGAAGCCCGAGCACAGCAGAGAGUUGUUUGAUGCCAUAAUGACAGAGAAGAUGGAUCAUGCUGCUGUUAACACGAUGGUGGUGAAGAUAAUUGCAAGAGAUGAGAGAAAACAACAAGAAAGAGAUGAGAAGAAUGAAUCUCGAGUAUGGAUAAAACGUAGCAGUGCAGCAGAAAGUGAUUUUGAGGAAAAAGAAAAAGAGGAAGAGGAGGAAGUUGAGAGUGAUAACGAAAAGAUGAGAGAAAAAGCAAAGAGAAAAAAAGAUGCACGGUGUGAGAGAUAUUUGGCUGAGAAUGCAAAUUCAUCCAUUUUUGCAAGAACCAUGAGGGAGCGAUUAGAUGGAGAAUCAGAUAGUGAGAAAGCUGAAGAGAAUACUGGGGAUGUUGUAAAGGACAAAGAUGAAAUGGAAGAGGAUGGUGAAGACUGUGAAAAUGCAUCUGAUGGUUAUGGUACGUCAGUAUCAAGUGGUAGUGAAGAUAGUGAGGAGGUUGAGGAGGAACGCUUUUCAACCAGUGGAGAAGAUUAUUCAAAGUAG